UUGUUCCCGAACCUCAGACGUGUCGUCUCGCGAGGCUCAGCCGCCCGCCGAAGCCUCGGCCCUCCCUCCGCGCAACUCCGAGGUCCCCGCGGCGCUGCGGCUGGAACCCGGGCCCUGCGCUCCAGCCCGGCGUCGCUCCCGCUGCUCUGCCCGGCCGCCGGCCCGCGCUGUCGGGGGUGGGGAGCGAGAUGUUCACUCUGCCUCAGAAGGAAUCCAGGGCACCUGCCACCUGCCCGGGCCCAACCUCCAUCCAGGAUCUAGACAGUAACUAUGGGGAUGAUCUGGAAAGAGAAUGCUCCAGAAAACCAGACCGGAAGCUGCCAGAGUACUGUGGAGCGAGUGGUCCCACUGCCAUGUUGUCCUCGGACAGCUCCUGCCUGUCCUCGAGAGGAAGAGUCAUUAAGUGGUUCUGGGACUCGGCAGAGGAGGGCUACAGGACCUACCACAUGGACGAGUAUGAUGAGGAUAAGAACCCCAGUGGCAUCAUUAAUUUGGGCACCAGUGAAAACAAACUCUGCUUUGACCUGCUCUCCACACGGCUGAGUCAGAGCGACAUGCUGCGGGUGGAGCCGUCCCUGCUGCAGUACCCCGACUGGAGGGGACAUCUGUUCCUCCGGGAGGAAGUGGCCAGAUUCCUGUCUUUCUACUGCAAGAGCCCCAACCCCCUUAAACCAGACAAUGUGGUUGUCCUGAAUGGCUGUGCUUCUCUCUUCUCUGCUCUGGCCAUGGUGCUGUGUGAGACAGGGGAGGCUUUCCUGAUCCCUGCACCUUACUAUGGGGCCAUCACACAGCACGUCUAUCUUUAUGGCAACGUCCGGCUGGUGUGUGUCUAUCUGGAAAGUGAGGUCACUGGGCUGGACACACGUCCCUUCCAGCUCACCGUGGAGAAGCUGGAGAUGGCCUUGCAGAGAGCCAAUUCUGAGGGUGUGAAGGUCAAAGGUCUCAUCCUCAUCAACCCCCACAACCCUCUGGGUGACAUCUACUCCCCAGGAGAGCUGCGGGACUACCUGGAAUUUGCCAAGAGGCAUGAGCUGCACGUGAUGGUGGAUGAGGUCUACAUGCUAUCCGUGUUCGAGAAGCCAGCGGCCUACCGCAGCGUCCUGAGCCUGGAAGGGCUGCCUGACCCCCAGAGGACCCACGUGAUGUGGGCGACCAGCAAGGUAGGUUUCUGGCUAGCCUCGGGGAUGUCAGGGAAGUGGGAGGGCAUAGAGGUGGGUGGAACCAGCUUCCUUGGUGGAGGGCUGGCCACUGCCCAGGUGUGCCUUUCUCUGCAGGACUUCGGGAUGUCUGGGCUCCGCUUCGGCACGCUCUACACGGAAAACCGGGACGUGGCCACUGCGGUGGCUUCCCUCUGCCGCUAUCACGGCCUCAGUGGUUUGGUCCAGUACCAGAUGGCACAGCUGCUCCGGGACCGUGACUGGAUCAACCAGGUGUACUUACCGGAGAACCAUGCCCGGCUCAAGGCUGCUCACGCCUAUGUGGCAGGAGAGCUCCAGGCCCUGGGCAUCCCCUUCCUGAGCCGAGGGGCAGGCUUCUUCAUCUGGGUUGACCUGAGGAAGUUCCUGCCCGAGGCCACCUUUAAGGCAGAAAUGCUGCUUUGGCGCCGCUUUUUGGACAACAAGGUGCUGCUGUCCUGUGGCCAGACCUUUGAGUGUAAAGAGCCCGGCUGGUUCCGCUUGGUCUUCUCGGACAAGGCCCACCGGCUUCGCCUGGGGAUGCAGAGGGUCCGGCAGGUGCUGGAGGACAAAUCCCGGGUGGCGGAAGAGCCCUCUUCUUGUCAGACCCAGGAGCCAAGGAGUUAGCACAGAAUGGAGGAGUCAUGACUGCUCCCGACCACAAGCUUUCGCCCCCCUGAGGACGUGAAAAGAAAACAACGUGUACCUUCUUUUGAUGACACCAUCUUUCGUCCUUUGUUGCCUAGAAACAAGUCGGAAGAACAGCGCAUAGAAGACAGAGCAUACCCAAGAAAUAAACAGGAGUGAUAGUUCCCAAGUC